AUGGAAGGAGGCGUGCAGCUCCUCAACCGCGACGGCCACAGCAUCUCGCACAACUCCAAGCGGCACUACCACGACGCCUUCGUGUGCAUGAACCGCAUGCGGCAGCGCGGGCUGCUCUGCGACAUCGUGCUCCACGUGGGCACCAAGGAGAUCAAGGCCCACAAGGUGGUGCUGGCGUCCUGCAGCCCCUACUUCCACGCCAUGUUCACAAAUGAGAUGAGUGAGAGCCGCCAGACCCACGUGACGCUGCACGACAUUGACCCCCAGGCCCUGGAGCAGCUGGUGCAGUACGCUUACACGGCGGAGAUUGUGGUGGGCGAGGGGAAUGUGCAGACACUUCUUCCUGCUGCCAGCCUGCUUCAGCUCAAUGGUGUGCGGGAUGCUUGCUGCAAGUUCCUACUCAGCCAGCUCGACCCGUCCAACUGCCUGGGGAUCCGGGGUUUUGCUGACACGCACUCGUGCAGCGACCUCCUCAAGUCUGCGCACAAGUAUGUCCUCCAACACUUCGUGGAGGUGUCCAAGACAGAGGAGUUCAUGUUGCUGCCUCUUAAACAGGUGCUGGACCUCAUUUCUAGUGACAGCCUGAAUGUGCCAUCAGAGGAGGAGGUGUACCGGGCUGUGCUCAGCUGGGUCAAACAUGACGUGGACAGCAGAAGGCAGCAUGUCCCCAGGCUCAUGAAGUGCGUGCGGCUGCCCCUGCUGAGCCGGGACUUCCUGAUGAGCAACGUGGACACGGAGCUGCUGGUGCGGCAUCACUCCGAGUGCAAGGACCUGCUGAUCGAAGCCCUCAAGUACCACCUCAUGCCGGAGCAGAGGGGGGUCCUCAGCAACUACGAUGGGACCUCUGAUUUGGCCACAGUGGAGUCCUAUGAUCCUGUCACCAAUUCCUGGCAACCUGAGGUGUCCAUGGGCACCAGGAGGAGCUGCCUGGGUGUAGCAGCGCUUCACGGGCUUCUCUAUGCUGCUGGGGGGUAUGAUGGGGCCUCGUGCCUGAACAGCGCAGAGCGGUACGACCCUCUGACGGGCACCUGGACGUCCAUCGCUGCCAUGAGCACCAGGAGACGCUACGUCCGGGUGGCCACGCUAGAAGGCAACCUCUAUGCCGUUGGGGGAUAUGACAGCUCAUCCCACUUAGCCACGGUGGAAAAGUAUGAGCCCCAGGUCAACACCUGGACGCCCAUUGCCAACAUGCUGAGCCGCCGGAGCAGCGCAGGAGUGGCUGUGCUGGAGGGGAUGCUCUACGUGGCUGGCGGCAACGAUGGGACCAGCUGCCUUAACUCCGUCGAACGCUACAACCCCAAAACCAACACGUGGGAGAGCGUGGCACCCAUGAACAUCCGUAGGAGCACCCACGACCUGGUGGCCAUGGAUGGGUGGCUGUACGCAGUGGGUGGCAACGACGGGAGCUCCAGCCUGAACUCCAUCGAGAAGUACAACCCCCGUACCAACAAGUGGGUAGCAGCCUCGUGCAUGUUCACGCGCCGGAGCAGCGUCGGGGUGGCCGUGUUGGAACUCCUCAACUUCCCGUUCGAGUGGCUGGGUGGCCACCUGCUCUCUGCACGUGGUCCUGGUUCACGGUUUGACUGGGAGCGGAUCGGCCUGUUUGCUGUUCCCCUCUCUGCAAAGCAGAUUCUGGGUUUGUGGAAAGAGGAACGACUCAACCUCUGGUACCUCAAUAGUGUUCAGAUGUAG